GAAUUUUCGCAUCUUUGCGGUAGAGACUAUCUCCCCUCUCUUCCGGAAUCACCCCAUAUCCACUAAUCUUUAUCUUCGGGGGAGUCUUGGGCUUGAUUCCUCUUGAAGCAGCGUCGAGUUGCGCACAUUUUGACCCCCUUCGCGGUGCAUUUGGUGCUGUGUGCGAGUCGUGGUGCUCAAUUCCAUGGAUUCUGGAGUGCGGAGGAGCUCCAGAGGGUAGCAGAAGUGACAGAAUAUGUAGAUGAGGUUGUCGCGGCGAGGUUGAUUGAACGUUGAAGAUGUUGUGGACGGUGGAUUGUUGAUACACUCGGAUUGAGUUUUGGAUCGAAGGCGGUGUGGGAGGGGUUGGAGUAAGUCUGUAGGGAUGAGUGCGCUCUGCCCCUCUGUCACUGCCGCGUCGCUGUGGAGCUUCUGUGGGAAUAGACGUAGGUCCAGGUGCUCGAGGAGCUCUAGGGGGUCGAAAUGGGGGAGGGCUUUGCAUCACGGAGAACCGGGCUUGAGUUCGAAAUGCGAGCUCAGGGGGUUACUUAGCACCUGCCCACGACGGGUGAUCAACGCCCGCAAGCAUUCAUCGCGGGGUUGGAAUGAGAGCAGCAUGUUGAGGUCGCAGCGAGGAGAUUUGUUAUUCAUUGGGUUGCCUCCUCAGCGAAUUAACGCUUUUGGAGUUGGUGUGCUUGGGUUGUCACUUUGUUUUAGGUUGGAAAAUUUAAUCAGAGCAUCUUGCUGCUCGGGCGAUUUUAAUGGAAACUCGGUGCAGAAAUUGGACUUUCGGACGUCUGCAGAGUGCCCGUCGACGUUGAUUUCGCCCCUUUCUGGGUGUUCCAACCAUGGGUCCGUAACGAGAGAAUGUGAGUCUGUAGCAGGUGGUGCCCACGAGUGUACUUGUUGUGACGAAAAUGGUGGUUUCGGAGGAAAUGGCGGGGUAGGUUUGCUUGGUAAUGGCGAAAAUUUUAUGGACAAUAGUAAAUUUGAUGUGUUUAUAGAAAGUGUUUCACAGUGUGUUCGAAACAUGGGGAAGGCAUUGGCAUUGGGGGUGGUCAUUGCUGCAGUAGGGUUUGGGCCUAGGGUGUUCUCGAAAGUUGCCAUUGCAGCUCCUGCUGUUGCAGUCCGCAAUGACGUAACAGAGGCCACGACUGAAUUGGAAGGGGAGGAAGUGGAGGACAGUGAUGAUGAGUUGAGUGAGGUCAAGAUUCAGCAGUUUCAGAGGCAGAAGGAGCUAGAGAAGCUUGAGAGGGAAAAAUUACGUGUUGCUCUCAAGAUCGACCAGAAGCUGGAGGAGCUUGAAGCUUUGGGAGAACAGGCCGAAUGCGAACCUAAUAAAAGAGCGAUUUUCUUUCAAAAGCUUGAAGAGGCAGUGCGUAUGACUUCUCUAGGGGCUCUCCAGUUACAGAGGGAGAAGGUUUUAGAGUUGAAUUCUACCAUCGACCAACUCAUGAAAGAGAGAGACAUCGCCGUUAAGAGGGCUGAGAGCGUGGAGGAAGAGGUUUUGUCUGCCCAGUCACAAUUACAGAAUUUUGAUGAUGGGUCAGACGAUGGUAACUGGAAGCAAAGAGAGAUUUUAGAGUCGUUAGUUAAAGAUGCUGAAACUCGUUGUAGUGAGCUCUGGCAGAAGGUGUCGGAUUUCGAGAGGGAAAUGCUGGAAAAACAAAUGUGGAUUGAGAAGGCUCUUUUUGAUGAUCUUCCCAGCGUUGAAGAUCAGGGUAUGAUCGAAUAUGAAAAGGUGUACCAACGACAGCUUCAAAGGCAGUCUGGUAGUAGUAUGGGAGAAGAAGACGUUUCAAGAGUUAUCAAAGACUUGGAAUUGGCAGGUGAGACACAUGGAAAGCAAGCACUGCUACCUCUUGCAGUUGGUGUGGAACAAGAAUAUAAGAUGUCCGGAUUGGAAGUUGAUGCCGAUACGCAGGAGCUUAUUGAUAAAAUAAAAAAUGAAAUGAAAAGAGCAGUCGAAUUGAGGGCACAGUUCGAUAGUCAAGUCAGACAAUGUUUAGGCAAAGGCGAAGACGAGGACAUUGGCCACGUGAGAAUCCCUGUUGAUGACACAAUGAACAAUCUUUCAACUUCGGACCUUCUUAUAGAUACUUCUGAAUUAGGAGAAGAUAUUCCGGAGGAAGGUCGGGAUUACGUUAGGGAGAAACAGGUGCAGAUCCUGGUUGCAAGAGACAGGGUAUUAGCCGAUACCUGGUACAAUAAAAGGGAAGAAUGUUGGGAAAUGUCUCCGAUGGCGGCCUCUUAUUCCGUGACCAAGAAACUGGUUGCCAAGGCUCGUGUACGUCAUGACCGGGGUAUCAUGUACUUGACAUUGAAGGGCGAUGAUCGCGAAUAUCGUGUGGAUAUUCCAGCCCUAGACGCACAGCUUCAUGAAGCAGGGGGUUUUGACUCCUUGUAUAUAAAUAUGUCCAUUGAGGGAACUCCUGUAAGUACUGAGUUCAUGUGGAUACCACUGAAAGAAUGGCCAGUGUGGGAUCUCUUCCAGUUGCCGUUUAAGGUUAUCUGGUGGGUGCUGGAGGACAUUUGGAACUCACCUCUGUUGACCUCAAUCAGGCCCUAUUACUUUAAAACAUUGGUUGAAACCUUCGAGGAAAUAAUGGUUCGGUUUGGGUUUCCAAUAAUUCAAGCAGUUCUGCCACUUCGGGCACGUGUCGCUCUGGGGUUCGACUUGCCUGAAGGGGCUGAAGAAGCUGAGCCUACUGAUAUUAUGAUUUGGCAGCAGGAAGCUCAAAAGAAGACUGAUGCCCGAUAUGGUGAAGGUACUGGUUCUCCAGCAUGGUGGAUCUCUCUCCCACUUCGAACCUACGUCGUAGGCAUUCCCCUCUAUUUUUUUGUGACUAUUGUUGGAGCACUCCUGUUGGCACCAUUCACUCCUCGAAAGCUAGCUAUGAACGAAGCUCAGUGGAAGGAGAAGAAACAGGAACAGCUGGAGAAAGAGAUCAACAGGGAGUCUAAGAAAGAUGAGAUCGAUCCUAUCAAGAACGUAUUUGAUAAAAUGAAGAGAGUGAAACACCCUCAGGUUAGACUUCAGGACUUCGCAGGUAUUGACGCCGUGAAAGAGGAAAUCAAUGAAGUCAUUAGUUUCUUACGGAACCCCAAGAUCUUUCAGGAAAUGGGAGCUAGGCCUCCUAGAGGUGUGCUCAUCGUUGGUGGACCAGGAACAGGGAAAACGACACUAGCUCUUGCGAUAGCAGCUGAAGCGAAGGUUCCUAUGGUGGAGCUUCAAGGUGCUGAGCUAGAAGGCGGAGCCUGGGUGGGGCAAGGAGCAUCCAACGUUCGUGAACUUUUCAAAACUGCCCGGGAGGUUUCACCAUUAAUUAUUUUCAUGGAUGAUUUUGAUCAUUUUGCAGGAGUGCGAGGAGCAACAUCAGACACUCGAAAGCAGGAUCAUGAAUCCCUGAUUAAUCAGCUCCUGGUCGAACUCGACGGUUUUGAAACCCAAGAAGGAGUUGUUCUUAUAGCAACCACCAGUCGUCCCUAUGCUAUUGAUGAAGCUCUGCGAAGGCCAGGACGCAUGGAUCGAACCAUCCAGCUUCCAAUGCCGAAUGUAACUGAACGGGAGCAGAUUCUGCGGAAAGUGGCUGCAGACAUUAUGGACCCAAAGCAUGUAGAUUAUGUGGACUGGGCCGAGGUAGCAGAUAAGACCGCAGGUCUCACACCCGCUCAGUUGAAGUGCGUGCCUCGGGCCUUGGAGGCAAACGCGGUUGGGUUAAAGCCUGUGGAUGAUGAUGAAAUUAACAGUGUUGCUGGCUGGCUUGCCACGUUUAACCAAAUUCUGCCUAUGUGGUUCAGAAGGACAAAAAUGGUGGUCAAGUGGAAUGAAGAUCUGAUCGAUUGGCUAGGUCUGCGACUGUCCAAAGAAGAUCUUGAAACUGCUGUUGAGACUAUGGAUGUUUUUAAUGAAACCCGACCCGGAAUCGAACUGGAGAAUCCUCCUGUCAUUUGGACACGAGAAUACAAGUUCCCGCAUGCAGUUUGGGCUGCUGGUCGAGCCUUGACUGCGUUCCUCCUUCCUAGUUUUGAUCGUCUGGAUCAGGCAUGGCUUGAUCCGAGUUCUUGGGAAGGAGUUGCUUUCACCAAGUUGACAAAACAGUUGGAAGCAGGGUAUCAAGAAACAGGUACUAUGACUCGGUCGUAUUACGAAAAAUCCUUGGUGUUGUGUUUUGGGUCUUAUGUUGCUGGUCGACUGCUUCUUCCUUUUGGUGAAAAUAACAAUUUAUCCAAAGGAGAGUUGGAGAAUGCGGAGGGCAUCGCAGCUGAGAUGGUAAUGCAAUUUGGAUGGGGCCCACACGAUAGCCCGCUUGUAUACGCCAAGGCUGGUUCUCCUACCUCAAUUGCGAUGGGUGACAAACAUGAGGAAGAGGUUAAAUCUGCUAUACAGAAGUUAUAUCUCAUUGCUACUGAGAGGUGCUACAACAUGCUACACAGAAACCAAAGAACCCUCAGCGCAGUCGUCGAGCACUUGAUUCAAUACGACUGUGUUACAACGAAGGACCUGUCUAGGAUAUCAGAUGAAACUGGUGCAGUGUUUGAAGAGGACCCUUUUGAAUUGGUACCGUAUUCACGUAUGGAAAUGUUUUCUGGGUCCAAAAAUGGCACAACACGUGUAACAAAGGCAUUACCAGCUGGGGCAUCAGCUAAUUAAUCACAACAAAAUAGUUCGAAGCUUCGAUGGGCCAUCUUGACAGACCAGUGAGGGCUACUGUACAACGACCAUUAGUGUUCAUGAUUUAGAUGCAGCGGUUUUGUAGGUGUAGGUUAAAUAAUAGAGCGCAUUCAAGUUCAUAUGGUUGUGGUAGUUUGCCUGGUGAUGGAUUGUUGUCUACAAUCAAAGUCAGUGUUUCAGUACGUGACUUGCUAGCUGAAGUCUCUGUUAAUUAGACUUAGACUAUUCUGACCUGGCGCGAUAACCCUUUAGGGCAUGAUGGGUAUGCCAAAGGUUUCGUGGCAACCAGUUGCAGUGCGGGACCGUAGGCCCAGUCUGCGUUACAGUCUAGGUUUGGUAUUUCAAAAUCUUAAAAAGUUGUCAGUAUGUGCCCAACAAUUGAGAGGGACACAGGAGAGAUACGUGAGCAUCAACCCAUACAAACAAUAAUAGUCAUACCUUCGUACAAAAGUGGUUGGACGAGGCACAAUACAUGAAGUCUCUUUUUGUGCUGGGUCGUCCUCCGGGCUCAGGUUCGCCA